AGAUGGCUUGGUGUCUGGAUUGAAGUGGUCAGCAGUCUUGUGGUUUUCUUUAGUGCAGUGUUUAGUUUGGUCACCCCUGGCAUUAAUGGUGCCAUUCUCGGCCUUUCUGUUAGUUACGCCUUGCAGGUAUGUUUACUUGUGUCAAUUUGAUAUCUUGUAUCCCAUGCAUGAUUUGAAAAGUAAGUGUGGGAUUUUUCUGUUAAAAUUAAAAGAUUCAUUAAGCAUUUAACAAGAAAGUAGCAGCAAAAAAUACUUACUAAUUAAGAUGUACCGCAAUAUUUUUGUGGAUGACAAAAAUAAAAUUGGUAAAUGUGGCUCCAUCAAAUUUUGAAAGAUUAAAUAAAUCUUCAUUUGAGGAUAAAAUGUUUACAAAGUUUCAGCUCUAAGACUUAUAAUUAUAAACAUUUAAUUUGAUAACAAAUAUUACAAAUAUAUAUAUUUAUAUUUGUUAUCAAAUUAAAUAUGUAUACAUCAUAUACCUCCUACAUUUAAUAGAAAGUUGGUAAAUCAAAAUUUUGUCAGUGACAAAAUAUUUGUUAUACUCUUAACAAUAUUUCUUUGCAUUAAUAUGGUUUUUGUUCAGCUAAAAGUGACAUUCAUAUCUUUUUCUAAUUUUAUGAUCAUUUUGGGUAUUGCAAGUAUAAUUUAAGGAAAAUUUUAACAUUUAAUAAUACAAACAAUUGACAGAUCACUCAAGCUCUCAAGUGGCUGGUGAGGUCAAUGAGUGACCUGGAAACUAAUGUUGUCAGUGUUGAGAGGGUUCAGGAAUACAUGAAUACAGUACAAGAGGUCAGUCUUAGUUUAGAUGCUUUAACUUGCGUGCAUCUUAAAAUUGUUGAGAAUUUGUACUUGCUGAGAAUACACAUUAUCAACAUUUACAACAGUUUUAGGAUAAUUAAUUUGUAGAUUGAUUAUUAAAAAAAAGUUGUUCAUAUAAAACUUAAAUCAAGUAGAUAAAAAGUAUACUCGUCUCCUUAGGUCAGGGGGCUUAAAAGCUAUCUCUUAUUCACUCAUUUUUUUGUUAGACAUGUACAAGUGUGUUUCAACAUGAGUGACAUUUUUUUUAAAAACAAGGCCCCACGCUACACAAAUGUCAGACCGCCACCUGAUUGGCCAGAGAGAGGAGAGCUUGUCAUCCAACAGUACACAACAAGCUACAGGAUGGGACUUGAUCCUGUUCUCAAACAGAUCAACUGUGUUAUCAAAGCUGGAGAAAAGGUAAGUAUAUCAUCGGAUCUGUUAUGA